CGGAAGUGCGAGAAAGUAUCCAAUGUUGGUUGUCUUAUCAUCCAGCUCCCCUGCUGACAAACAUAAACUCUUCUAGGGUGUAUUUUUACAGCUAUACAUAGAAUACGAAGAUGGAAGACGACGUUUUGACAACACUGAAAAUAUUAAUAAUUGGAGAAAGUGGCGUUGGGAAGUCCAGUCUUCUCUUGAGAUUCACGGAUGACACAUUUGACCCGGAAUUAGCAGCAACAAUAGGCGUUGAUUUCAAAGUGAAGACCAUUUCAGUGGAUGGGAACAAGGCAAAGUUGGCAAUAUGGGACACGGCUGGCCAGGAGCGUUUCCGAACCCUGACGCCUAGUUACUACCGGGGCGCGCAGGGAGUCAUCCUGGUGUAUGACGUAACGCGACGGGAUACUUUCACCAAGCUGGACAACUGGCUCAAUGAGCUGGAGACGUACUGUACAAGGAAUGACCUCGUCAAGAUGCUGGUCGGGAACAAAAUUGAUAAGAGGCCAGUGCUAAGACGCGAGAUGGGGUGCAGUGUGCGUUUGAGGAGCUGGUUGAGAAGAUCAUCCAGACCCCGGGACUGUGGGAGAGCGAGACGCAGAGCCGAGGAGUCCAGCUGGGCGGGCAGGACCAUGCUGCAGGGGGGAGCUGUGGGGGCUACUGCUCCCUGGUGUAGACCACACAUACUCACACACACACAUACAUAUACAAAAAUCACAUACACACAUAACAUACACAAACACUUGAAAGACAACCUACCAAACACUGAUGGCUGAUGUCCUUUGAAGAGGACUGUGAAGGCUAUGGUAUUCAGACUAUUUCCCCCAUCAGCCCCUGAGGUGUGGUGUGAGGCAGGGCUGUUCCUGACCAGCACCCUAAGCUUCCUGGCUGUGAGCAUUCAUAGGGACAUUGCUGUUUGCACACUUCCUGCUAUCAUAGCUAUAAUGCUGUUUAUAAGUCGUCAUCCCUGUCUUUCUUUCUCUCUCUCUGUCUAUUUGUCCACUGACUGGAAUGGAGAAAAUGAAAUGAGUGUAUGACUUGGUAAUGAAUAGUGAGGAAAAAACAAAAUACCAUGAAUAGCACAUGGGGGGAUUAUUUUUAUCUAGCAAAGAUUUUUUUUAAAUCACCUGUUCAUAAUUUGUUUUUUUAUGACUUUUCUUUGCCCUCCCCUCCCAACACUUUCUAUUUUCUUUGAAUAUGUAGAUUCCCCCUACUUUCUCUCCCUUAGCACUUUGUUCCUCUUAGCAAGGCAAGCACAACUAGGGUGUGUUGGCUACAGAGAUGAUACUCCAGUGUAUCUGCCCCGUGUGAUCAUGCAGCCUUGUAAUCCUCCAGUGCUCACCCUCCUAACAGCGCUGUGUUUUAUAGUCUUAUCAGCCCAAGUCGUCACGUAUUCCCUUUCACCACCCAAUCCCACAUAAUGAGUCUCUCUUUCUCUCUCUGUUGUCCACAAACCUCUUUUGUUCGAAAGUAAUAGUUACCAAGUUUCUGGAAUGAAGUUUUACUACUUUUAUUGACUUGGACUCCAAACUUUCAGUGUGUUUUUGAAGAGUUUAUAAAUCAAACAGAUUGGCAGGCACCGGGGGGUUUGCUUUCCAUUGUGUGUGUUAUGAAAAAGAAACUAAACGAACGAACGCUGCUGUUUUGUUUCUAGUUGUUCUAAUGGGCUGUGACCAACCAGGCAAUCUGCCACUCAGACAGAUGAUAUUAGUAAUAUCAACGCUAUAGCCUAGCUUCAGCUUUUCAUAAUACAUCCCUAUCCCUAAGUGGAAAAAAAGACAAUGUCAUAUGGGUGUUUCCAUUGAAAUCUGAAAUUAAAGAAAGAGGCUUAAGCCCUGUACAAAUGCUUUUUGCAGAGUUAUUUUUCUCCAUUUAUACUGUUCAAUCAAACUCCAAACAAAAUACAUUUUCAGCAUUCUAAUUAAUUUCUACAUUUCCUGCACUUUUAUUAUAAUUUCCACUCUGUGCCAUGCAGGAUGAUAUGAGCAAAAUAAUAUAGGCCUAGUUAAUUGGUGAACUGUUGGAAUGAUGGAAAUAUAAUGAUUAUUCUAAUUCUAUAGUUGGAAUAUAGUGGGCAGCACCUUGAAUACAUUGUUUGACAUGACAAAUGAAUAAAUAAGAGAGGAAUUAUUGACAGGGUAGGAAACAAAGUGUUGGUCAGUGUUUCCAGGUGACCCUAAUUAAAUGUCUUACUUCAUGUAUCUAGCUAGCCAACAUAUUCAUGCUUCGCCUAUUCCUCUCUGAUAAGAUACCGUUGCACAAACAUGCCUAUCUAGGCUUACACCAGCUAACUAGCGAUUAGAAUUAGCAGCUAACUCAAAUUAUUUUAGCAACACCUUGCUAAGAAAAGACAAACUAGCAGGUAGUAGUUUGCAGACAGUGAGAUACACAAACUAAUAGUGUAUAGAACGCUUGUGGAAAGCAGCAUGUCGCCAACAUUGUUGCAUCAGUCUGACCAUGCAGAGUGAAUGGCAAGAAUGUGCUUGUGACUCUGUGGUCGAGCAACUGCUGUCUUGAGUGAUGGGGCAGGGCUUAGUGUUGUUAGUGGCAUGCAGCAGAGGGAAAGAGACCACUCAAGUAGCAAACAGAGUAAACUAUAAAAACUGACAUUAUACGCGCCAGAGUUAACAAACCAAACCUAGAAAUACAGUUUAUAGAAGGUAAAGUAAAAACUCAAACCGGUUCGAGCAUCAAUACCGGUAUAUAGUAAAAUACGGUAUACCGCCUAGCCGUACAUGAGUGCCAGAAUGUGGUUGCGAAAUGUAGUUUUGGGUGGCCAUACCUAUUACCUAUAUUUGUGGCAGGAGUGACACAGAUGCCUUUACAGUAUGUCUAAUCAGAAAAUAAUUAUUUCUUAUCAUUAAUUGCAUGAGAAUUCUUAUUUUAUUUUGACCUUGUUCAUGUUUGUUCUAGGAAUGACUUGCAGAGACAGUUGGAUUGUGUCCCAAAUGGCUCCCUAUUCCCUAUAUAGUGCUCUAUAUAGGGAAUAGGGUGCCAUUUUGGACACAAACUUGGACUGUAUCAACCACACUUACACAACACUAGUUAGAUUUACCUGCAUCCUGAACCUUCCAAACAGGUUUAUAGAGUAUACUACGUUGGGAUUUUAUACGGUCUAUUUGUCCUGAACGAACUAGAUGUCUGCUUUAUGAUUGAAACAGACUUUAACUCUUGAACUCUGUUCUGUGUUCUUUUUUGUUUAUAUGUGACAGCAUAUAAACACAUUGUAAAUGAAUGUGUGUAUCUAGGAAUUCUAUGAAAAUAUGUAUAAUUCCUGUAUGGAUUGUAAAAAAAUGUAUGUAUCCAUAUUACAAUUAUAAACCGCCCUAUGUAUUAAGUGAAUAAAAUACUUUUUAAAGGA